UGUCGCAGUGCUCUCACCCUCCAGCCAUUGCCAACGGAAACCACAGUGGUGAAGCCAUGGUAGUUUUCACCAGCGGCAUGUCCGUAAGCUACGCCUGCAAUCCUGGCUACGUUCUUGUUGGAGAGGCACAGCUAAAUUGUACUUCUUCUGGAGACUGGAGCAACCCUGCCCCUCGGUGUGAAGGGCGGCUGUGUCCCUCCCCAUCCACGAUUGACCAUGGCCAGCACGACGGUGAGGAUGUCAAAGUGUUCAUCCCUGGAACGUCUGUAAAUUACAGCUGUGACCUCGGCUAUGCUCUUAUUGGUGAAACAACUCUAUACUGUACGGUCAAUGGAACCUGGAGCAUCCCUUACCCCCGGUGUGAAGUGAUCACCUGCAUGAGCCCCAACAUCCAGAAUGGAGAAGUGGCUGAAGGACAGAGAGCUGAGUACCAUCCUGGGGCCAACGUCACCUUCCAGUGCCACCCGGGCUACGUGCUGUGGGGCAGCCGUGGAGCCAAGUGCCAGCCCAAUGGCCGCUGGGCGCCUGCUGUCCCCACCUGCAAGCCAGCCCUGCCUUGUCCUCCACCUCCCGUCAUCGCCCAUGCCAUGCACAGCGCGGAGCUCGGGGCAAACUUCACCAGCGGCAUGUCCGUGAGCUACAGCUGCCAGCCCGGCUUCUUCCUCCUCGGAGACCCCUCUGUCUUGUGCACGGCCUCAGGGAACUGGAGCCUCCCGUACCCACGCUGCACAGUGGUGCAAUGUCCUUCACCUCCAAAUAUUGACAAAGGGGAUCACAACAGCCAUGACUUGGAGGUUUUCACUCCUGGGAUGGUUGUAAAUUACAGCUGUGACCCUGGCUACAGCCUCCUGGGAGAGGCUGCCAUUUACUGCACCGACUCUGGGAACUGGAGCCUCCCUCUUCCUCAGUGUGCAGGUGGCUGUGGUGCACCUCCAAAUUUAGCCUUUGCUGAGCUAACUAAGGAAUACAAAAAUCUGACGGAGUUUUCUGUCGGGGACACCGUGCGAUACCGCUGCCAGCCGGGAUACAUGAGACACCCCGGAAUAACCCCAACUCUGACGUGCCUCAAAAACCACACGUGGUCUGAAGCGCUAGCGUUCUGUAAAAAGGUGGUAUGUCCAGUCCCACAGAUCCAGAAUGGGAGAGUCUCUGUUCUUAAAUAUCCCUACACAUACAAAGAUACCGUUGUCUUUAAGUGCCAGAAAGGCUUCACCUUGCGAGGUAGUCGCACAGCCCAGUGCCAAGCUGAUAAAACAUGGGAUCCACCUGUACCUGUCUGUGAGCAGGGUAAGUGUCAGCACUCUAACUCUGAGACAUUUGUAGCUUCAUGGCAGGACACUACUAGCCAAGAGGAGUGGAAUUUUUGCUGGAAAUAUAAAGGCAGAGUGAUGGAAAAUGAAGUAGUGAAGUGUCUGCCUCCUCCAAGCAUUGCUAAUGGGGAACACAGCAGUCAUUUCUCAGACACUUUCAAUGUAGGAGCACUUGUGCACUACCGCUGCAACCGUGGCUUCUCCCUCGUUGGGACAGCAUCCAUUUAUUGCACAGAGUCUGGAGCCUGGAGCCGUCCUUCUCCGGUCUGUCAAGUUGUGAAGUGUCUCCGUCCUCCAAACAUCACCAACGGGAAUCUCAAAGGCAACAUCUCUGACACUUUUUCCUAUGGAGCAUCUGUAUCCUAUAGCUGUAAUCCUGGUUAUUCACUCGUUGGGAAUGCUUUAAUCAACUGCACAGUGUCGGGAACCUGGAGCCAGCCACCUCCUCGGUGCGAAGAGAUCAGAUGUGUAUUCCCAGAAGUUCAAGGUGUUAAGAAAGCCAUCAAAGGAAAUACUUAUCGCUCUGGGACUAAUGUCACUCUCGAAUGUGAUGAUGGUUACACACUGGAAGGCAUCAGUCAGAUUCGGUGCCAAGACGACUUCAGCUGGGACCCUCCUGUACCAGCCUGUAAAUUGAUGUCACGGAAGUCUGGCUCAGUAGGCCUAGGAGUCGCCGCUGCAGGAGUCCUGCUUCUCCUGGGGGCAGGCAUUGUCUGGAAAAUUAGUUCUAAGCAGAAGGAAGGCUAUUAUCGUACAUAUGAAAACUACCAAAGCCCUCUGAACCAG